AUGGAUCUCGUUUUGGAAAUAGCUGAUUCCUUCGUUCUCGACAAGGUCUACGCUAAAGCCUUGCCCAAAGACGGCAGUGUCGCUCGUUACUUCAACGACCACUUUGGCUCCAAGAACACUACUUCUGCCCAGGGGCUCCACAUGCCUGCGCCAGUGACGUAUUUGGCUUCGAUGGCUGGCAAGUUGCAGAGAAAAGAUGAGGUUUACGGCCACUUCCCGUUUUUCUUUGAUUUUGAUGAGUAUACCAACGCGUCGAUGCUUUCGAGAAGCAACUUGAUUCGUGAGUGUGUGUCUAUUUUCUUCAUCACGGCUAUUUUCGGCUGGAUUCUUUACUUUUCCGUGGCUUCGCUUUCGUAUUUCUUUGUUUUCGAUAAGAAGAUCUUUAACCAUCCUCGUUACUUGAAGAACCAGGUGUCUUUGGAGAUCUGGAGAGCUUCUACCGCCAUCCCAGUGAUGGUGCUUCUUACAGUGCCUUUCUUCGUGGCUGAACUUAACGGAUACUCGAAGUUGUACUUCCCAGUGAACGAAUCCACUGGCGGCUGGAAAGCCAUCCUUCUUCAAUUCCCAUUUUUCAUCUUGUUUACCGAUUGCGGUAUCUACUUCAUCCACCGCUGGCUACACUGGCCUGCUGUUUACAAGAAGUUGCAUAAACCUCACCACAAGUGGAUCGUGUGUACGCCAUUUGCUUCCCACGCUUUCCACCCUGUUGACGGCUGGUUCCAGUCCUUGCCAUACCACCUUUACCCAAUGGUUUUCCCAUUGCACAAGGUAUCUUACCUCCUUUUGUUCACUUUUGUUAACUUCUGGACGGUGAUGAUCCACGACGGUCAAUACAUGUCUAACGACCCCGUCGUGAACGGUACUGCGUGCCACACAGUGCAUCACUUGUACUUUAACUACAACUACGGACAAUUCACCACCUUGUGGGACCGUUUGGGCCGCUCAUACAGAAGACCCGACGACUCUUUGUUUGCCAGGGGCACUGACAAGGCCGCAGAGGAGAAGGAGUGGAAGGAGCAGACCCGUAAGAUGGAGGUCAUCAGAGGUGAGCUUGAAGGAAAGGACGAUGACAGGGAGUACGGACACUGA